AUGAAGAUGAAUAACACGGUUGUUCAAGAGCCUGACUUUGUAUUGGACUGCAGGAUUGACUCUGACAAGAAAAGCCUUACAGCCGCAGCCCUUGUCUUCAUUUACUUAGUAAUUCUGUUUGCAAAUCUUCUUGUACUUUUCGUCAUACUAUUAAACCAUCAGCUGCAGGAACCAAUGUUUCUAAAUAUAGGUGCUCUGGCAGCAAUUGAUGUGGCAAACAGCAGUAACUUCAUCCCCAAAAUGCUUUCUGUCCUUCUGUAUAAUGACUCGGUUAUAUCGAAUAGCGCAUGUGUAACGCAGGUGGCCCUUGUUUUCUACCUGGAGGUAUUAAUAUCCCUUAUUUUAGGUUUAAUGGCAUAUGAUCGUUAUGUAGCUGUUCUCUAUCCUCUGAGAUACCCUUCCAUUAUUACAAAUAAAACUGUUUUUGCUAUCCUUUUGCUUUUUAAUGGUAUUGGACUCAUUGACAUUAUACCAUUUAUAGUUUUUGUCAAAGAGCUUCCUUACUGCAGCACCAACAUUUUGCCAUUUUGUUUCUGUGAGUAUUCAACUCUGGUCCACAUUGCCUGCAGUGAUGACCCAAAAUACUUACUUCUUUUGUCAAUCAAUACGGUUAUCUUUGGCGGCGGACCUUUGACCCUGAUCCUGUUUUCUUACAGUAGGAUUGCUCAUGCGGCUCUUAAGAUCCCUUCUUCUGAAGGCAAGAACAAACUUUACAGCACCUGUGUGACACAACUCUUUGUGGUGGGAAUUGAAUACGGUCCUCUGCUUUUUUGUUAUGUGCUUCCUGCUGCUGGCGUAAAACUGUCAAUUGAAAGCUACAACACAAUGGUCGUUGUAAGUAAUAUCAUUCCUCCAAUGUUAAAUCCAUUAAUUUAUAGUUUUAGGAACCAGGAAAUUAAAAAAAGCAUCUAUAAGCUUUUUGUAGGAAAGAGAACUGUUGCACAAAUCAGAGAACAGAUAUAA